CUUCCUUUCGCAAGCUCGUGCUUUGUCUGUUUGGAGAUGUCGAGCCCAUCCAAUGAUAUAAGGAAUCAAUAACUUACGCCCAUAUGAAAUGCAACUCACUAUCAAAGAGAGUAAAAACGGAAAACUAUUUAUUGCUUGGGGACCAUAACUAAGGAGCCAUGUGGGUGCAGCUAAGGAUAUAUUUGUCUGCAUGAAUAUUUACGACAUUGUAUGCAUAUAAUUUCCACCCGGAUGAAUUCAUUUUUAUUGUAACAACAGGCCUGCGUUUGCUCAAUUAACAUAAUUCAUCAAAAGACUGCUUGAUCUCAAUACUUGUCAAAGUUCCUUCUUCGGGGAGUUGAUCUUGCAGGCAAUGAGUUCUUACUUCGUCAAUUCCCUCUUCAGUAAAUUUAAAGGAAGCGAUUCUCUGCGCUCCAACUACUAUGAUUGCUCAGGGUGCGCGCCGGAUCUUGGAGGCAGAUCGUCUGUGCUGUACGGUCACAACUCAGGAUCUGCGUUUCAGCACGCGGCUCAGUUCCCGGAUUUCUACCACCACGGUACAUCAUCCUUCUCCCACGCGUCCUACCAACAGAACCCGUGCGCGGUAGCUUACCCUGGCGAUGCCACGGGAAACAUCUUGGGCCAGGACGGUUUACAGAGACAGGCGCUCUUCAGCGCACCAGAUGCGGAUUUUACGCAGUUUGGGGAUUGUAAUUUAAAGGUCAACAGUAUCAGGGAUGGUUUGGAAAGUUCAGAACCGUGCACAGCGCAGCUCUUCCCGUGGAUGAGACCACAAGCUACCGGCCGGAGAAGGGGCAGGCAGACCUACAGCCGCUACCAGACGCUGGAGCUGGAGAAGGAGUUCCUGUUCAAUCCUUACCUGACCCGCAAGCGCCGCGUCGAGGUGUCUCACGCACUGGCCCUCACUGAGAGGCAGGUGAAGAUCUGGUUUCAGAACAGACGUAUGAAGUGGAAAAAAGAACACAACAAAGACAAGUUUCCCAGCAGCAAAGCGGAACAAGAGCAAAUCGAGAGAGAGGAGCAAGAGGUGAGCCAGGCAUCAGAAAAACACACAUCAGGAGAAGAGGACUCGGAGACUUCCAGUAAUCCUAAAUAGUCUGUGGACUAUCACAUCACUGCAAUCGAUCAGCUGCAAUUUAUAUAAAAGUCUGAGGUUCUCAAGAACGUCUGUCGACACGCAGAGGGAGAAUACAAAACUAAUCAUAUAUUCAAUUUAAUGCACAUUUAUAAGGCAUUUCUGUUUUCAAACGUUUAUUAUUUCCGCUUAAUAUAAUUUGAUGAAUAAAUCUCAGUUUUGUAAGGUUCCACUGGUGCGUUUGUCCUCGAUUACUCUUGAGGUUAAUGGUGCAGAGAGGGCAU